CAUUUGUGUUUAUCUGAAAUGUUUAGGAUUUGUAUAAGAUUUUAGUAUGAAAGCAUCAAUUGUCCAAUUCACUUCGUGUGAAAGGUUCCUUUCAAUAGGGUUCGAAAUGAACCGAUUCAGACAGACAUGGACUGUUUUCCCAAAAAAACACGUUAUUUUACGUUUUAUCGUUUGUCAAUCAAUAUUUGUUUAGUCAGUUAAACUCCUUCUUUUCAACGCCACUUUAGAUUAAGCUACACACAUUCAGUGUAUAAAAUGAACGGAGUCGAGGUCAACCGAAACAAUUAAAAGAACCUGUUCAAAUGAAUCGUUCCUUCGCGAAUCAGACAUCGAUCUGUCAGCAAACAGCGCUGUGUGAGUCAGUGAGUUGUGUUUCAGCUGUCCUGUGUGAGUGUGUGUGUUUGUGUUCUUCAGCUGUCGCGUGUGUUCUUGUGUUUCGAGUAUUACACACACAGAUGGAGUCGAGCACUGUGUACGGAGCGUCUCUGGCCGGAUCGGGAUUUGAUCUCGUUAAAUUCAUCAAACAACCUCAAACUAUCACGCGCGUCCUCAGCUGGGUGUUUGCUAUCGUGGUAUUCUCCUCUAUAACAGCUGAAGGUUACGUGAACCCCACCACUCAAUCUGAAGUCAAGUGUAUCUUCAACAGAAUCGAUGGCAUCUGUCAUUAUGGGGUGGGCAUUGGUGUCAUCGCCUUCCUGGCAUGUGCAGCCUUCCUAUUGGCUGACGCUUUCCUGCCUUCCAUGAGCAACGCUCAGGAGAGAAAAUACAUUGUGAUGGGUGAUCUGACACUGUCAGGAUCCUGGACGUUCCUGUGGUUCGUGUGUUUCUGUCUGACCGCAGAUCAGUGGUCGAAGACCUUAGACACGCAUGGCAUCCCGUCGGACGCAGCUCACGCCGUCAUUGCCUUCUCAUUCUUCUCCAUCGGUUCAUGGGGUGCGCUAACUUAUUUCGCUCUGGUGAGGUUACGUCAGGGUUUUGGAGACGUGACCCAGAACAACCUGGAGGCGCCCGCCGAUCCGGUCGAGCCCUACCCCACGACAUACACCCCACCCACAUAUCCGUCCUUCCAGAACGACAGCCAAGACGUCUACCAGCAACCACCCUUCACAUCAAACAACGAUACGAUCGGACAGAGCAACUAUCAGCAACCCACCUACUGACACACCACAGAGAGAAACGUCACAUAGCUCAUGAUAUGGGCGGAGCUUAAACAGCCAAUAGGAGGACUGACUGUUAGCUGUUAGAUGAGAUACUUCCACAUGUGAUGAGAAAAACUGUCAAUAUUUUUCUUGUUUUCUUAUUUCUUAUGUUUUUUCGAUUGAUUUGAUCGUGAGAUCAGAUUUGCAGUAAAGAGAUGUGAAACCACCGACGGGUGUACGGCUCAGACGGUGCGAUGUCUUUGUUGUGUUUCCUGGCUGGAAUGACGGCGGUGUUUAGUGUUUUCAGUUGGAAUGUGGUGUGUUGGACAGAAACAGACAAACGCUGUGUGUUCAUGACCCCGCUCAUUGUGCUCAUGAACAACAGAAGAAUGCUUGUAUGAGCAUCAGUUCAUUUUCCAGAUGACAGAUUUCUCAUCUCCUGAUCAUGGAAAUAAAAGCGGUUUGACUGUGAA